GCCAAUUGGCACAUACAACCCUGCACGCAACCCUGCAGCAACAACAAUGAAGAGCCACAAGAGCCGAGAAGAAUAUUAUUUGUUUGGCCGUCUAAAUGUGCUUGUGUGCAGCGUGUGGGCAAGUAAAAAAGUGUGUAGAGCACAACAUACAAAAUCAGCGCUGCAUUUUUUACGCAACGCAGGCGAAAAUUUCUCAAUUACGUGAUUACAUUACAAUUGGAAUUCAUUCGAAUUUCGUUUUGAAGCGUCCACUGCAGCGCCAAGCUAACGGAAAUUUGGCAACUCGGCCUAUUUGAGGAAAUUGACCAGACAACACAAUACCAAAUACUUCGAAAGAUUAUUACGCAAAACUAAAGACAAAUGGCGAGCGCAACCGAGGUAAAGAAGUCACGCCUCAUGGCCGAACCUUUGCACAUACAGCGCCUGGAGGCGGCAUUAAAUAUGCGACCCUUUAUGGAGAUGGCUCGCCAAGCGCUCAAACAACCGUUGAGCAGCGGUAGUGGGGGAGAGGAUAGCGCCACUGAACAAGAGGCAGAACAAGAUGCGCCGGUGGAUGACUCCGAUGAUUCCUCAACGCGUGUGGGAGUGGUAAGGUUAAAGCAUAAAGCACGACAACGUAAACGUCUCCUGGGCAGCAAAGAAGAACGACAAAGUGUCAAGGCACAAAUCUACAAUUUCAAUGACUUGACCAGUGAUCGGGAAUGGCUCUACGAUCUCAUACUCAGCGACACUGAAAGCGAGCCGCCAAUGAGCGAUGAAGACGCGUAUGUUGCCCAAAUUUUGCGCGAGCAUCUCCAAGAGCAACGUCAGCGCAAAAACUAUUACAAGAAACCCACAAAUGCUCAAUAUGCUUAUUAUGGCAGCGGUUUGCUGUCCAACCACGAUGUCUACGCGGAGCGACAACAGGCCACAGUUGGCGUGCGCAAGCGGCGGCGUCGCACCAAGCAAGAGAUACUCAUGGCACGCCUGGCAGAGGCCCAGGCCGGACCUAAGCCGCCCAAGCAGCGGCGUCGUGGUCGUAAGAAGCGUACUGCAAUGGACUCUCCGGAGUCGGGCGAGGUGCACCCUUCGGAUCUGGGCAAGUACAGUUUUGGCGAUACAUUGGUUGGCAACGAUGACGAUGACGAGGAUAAUGGUGAGGUGGAUUACAAGCGAGAGCUGGCUAAUUUGGCAUUGGAUUAUCCGGAAGAGGAUGAGGAAAUCGAGGAGGAAGUGGAUGUUGUGGGCGCUACCGAUGGCCAGGUGACUCGUGUGCGUCGACGUCGAAAAAAUCCCGAAGUGCUGGCGGCACGACGUCGUCGUAUCUGGCAGAUUAUGUCAAAGAAGGAAUGCGCUCGAAUGCAACGCAUCAAGGGCAACAAUCACAAAGAGAUGCUAUCGAAUUGCAAGCGUGUGGCAGGCAUGUGUGCCAAGGUGGUGAGGCAACGUGCGCUCAACUCGCAGCGCAUCAUGAAGGAGACAGUGUGGCGAGCCAAGCGGCUGACACGUGAAAUGCUCACGUAUUGGAAGCGCUAUGAGCGCGUGGAACGUGAUCAACGUCGCAAGCAGGAGCGUGAGGCGGAAGAGCAACGCAAACAGGAUGUGGAACUGAUUGAGGUGAAGCGACAGCAGCGAAAGCUAAACUUUCUCAUUACACAAACAGAGCUUUAUGCUCACUUCAUGUCCAAGAAACUGGGCCAGGGCACGGAGGAGGAUCAGUUGCGCAUUCUCAGCCAGCUAGACGAGGAGCACAAUGCUCGACUGGCUGUGCACGAUGAUUACGAUGCUGGUGAAAUGAAGCAGCUGGCGCAGGCGAAUGCAGAGGCUGCACUGCAGCGUGAUUUGGACAAAACGCGUGCAUUUGAUGUACCCUUUAAGAAGGAACAGAUGCUGGAGCAACUGCAGGAACUGGAGCAAUCGCAGCCAGCGGUCACUGAGCAGAUGAAAGAUCUGCCACAGCCCAAGAUGUUCAAGGGCACACUAAAGGGUUAUCAGAUCAAGGGAAUGACAUGGCUGGCAAAUAUCUACGAUCAGGGCAUCAGUGGCAUACUGGCUGAUGAGAUGGGCUUGGGCAAGACUGUGCAAUCAAUCGCGUUUCUCUGUCACAUUGCCGAGCACUAUGGCGUCUGGGGCCCGUUUCUGGUCAUCUCGCCAGCAUCGACACUGCACAAUUGGCAGCAGGAGAUGGCACGCUUUGUGCCUGAUUUUAAUGUUGUGCCCUAUUGGGGUUCGCCCAACGAACGCAAGAUCCUGCGACAGUUUUGGGAGCAAAAGCAUCUGCAUACACGCGAGGCCAGUUUUCAUGUGGUGAUCACGUCGUAUCAGCUGGUGGUCAGUGAUUACAAAUACUUCAAUCGCAUCAAAUGGCAGUAUAUGGUGCUGGAUGAGGCGCAGGCUAUCAAGAGUGCCGCCUCGCAACGUUGGAAGCUGCUACUAGCUUUCAAUUGUCGCAAUCGUUUGCUGCUCAGUGGCACGCCCAUACAGAAUAGCAUGGCGGAGCUUUGGGCGCUGCUGCAUUUCAUUAUGCCAACUCUCUUUGAUUCGCAUGAUGAGUUUAACGAAUGGUUUUCCAAGGACAUUGAAUCGCAUGCAGAGAACAAAACGGGCAUCGAUGAGAAACAAAUUUCACGCCUGCACAUGAUUUUGAAGCCGUUUAUGCUGCGUCGCAUCAAGAAGGAUGUGGAGAACGAGUUGUCCGAUAAGAUUGAGAUUAUGGUCUAUUGUCCGCUAACCAUACGCCAAAAACUCUUGUAUCGUGCUCUUAAGCAAAAGAUACGCAUCGAGGAUCUAUUGCAUUUGGCGAGUGGUGGCUCGACGGCAUCGGCAGCAUCGGAUGGCGCUAUUCUGGAUCGAAACUUUACGUCGAAUCUCAUGAAUCUGGUCAUGCAGUUCCGCAAGGUGUGCAAUCAUCCCGAGCUCUUUGAACGACGCGAUGCCCGGAGUCCAUUUAGCAUGCGUUGUGCUGAGUUUGUGCUACCUCGUUUGGUCUUCAACGACGGAUUGUUAAACACUGCGCUGCCCAGUCGCAGACAUUUGCUCUAUAAUCGUUUUAAUAUAUUUAAGGCGGCGCAUAUGCAGUCUUCACUUUUUGAGGAUGUCCAUGUGAACAGCUGCUUUGGUUUCAGUCGCUUCUGUGAUUUAUCCCCGUCCGACAUGGAAGAUGUCACAUGGCAUGGCCUCAUUGCUUUUCUGUUGCACUAUCGUCGCGUGCUUGCCAAGCAGCCGUUGCUCUCCUAUCGUCGUCAAUGGUGGCCACAUCAACCUGCCACGCGCUAUCAGCUGUUGGAGCCAACACUUGAGCGUAAACUUGUGCCGGAUUAUUUGCUCACAGAUAGUGUGCUAAGGAAAUUCAUCUUUACUGCAGUGACAUCAGGGCAGAGCAGCGUUUAUGCUUUUGGAGAUUAUCUGACUGUCAACAUGCAGGAGACUAUUGAGCAUCGAGUAACACGCUCGAAGAUACUUAAACAGAAGGCAACGCUUAUCGAGGAGCUCGUCGACGCCAAUGGACAGCCACAAGUGAAAUCAGAGACCGAUAUGGAGAUUGAAUCUGUUGAGGUGCAAACCAAAUCGAAUACGAAGAGCGAUGUUAAAGUGACUACACUGCAUUUACUGCCCGAGUUUCCAUAUCGUCCACGCAAGCCUCAGAUCUACAAAUGCGAAGCUCUGCAAAUGCCACGAUUCCUCUAUGGACUGGGUCAGCGUGUGCAGGCUGUGGAUAGGCAUUUAUAUUGUGAAAGUCGUGCUGCCGCCUGGACCCACAUACGACAUCUGCAAUGUGAAAAUAGUUUGGGCAAAGAACUGGUCACGACGGGCUUGGCACUGUGCAAGCCGCGUAAUGGUUGGUCAUCGAUUGUGGUGCCCGACAAGGAGACACUUAUCACAGAUGCUGGCAAGCUGUUUGUGCUCGAUAGUCUACUCACACGCCUUAAGGCCGAGGGUCAUCGAGUGCUCAUCUAUUCACAAAUGACGAAAAUGAUUGAUCUACUUGAGGAAUACAUGUGGCAUCGCAAGCAUCGAUAUAUGCGUUUGGAUGGUUCCAGUAAGAUAUCUGCACGUCGUGAUAUGGUUGCCGAUUUCCAAACUCGUGCCGAUAUUUUUGUUUUUUUGCUCUCAACGCGAGCUGGCGGAUUGGGCAUCAAUUUAACUGCAGCUGAUACGGUUAUCUUCUAUGAUUCGGAUUGGAAUCCCACCGUGGACCAACAGGCCAUGGAUCGAGCCCAUCGUUUGGGCCAGACCAAACAGGUGACCGUUUACCGUCUGAUCUGCAAGGGAACGAUUGAGGAACGCAUUUUGCAGCGAGCACGAGAAAAGAGCGAGAUUCAACGCAUGGUUAUAAGUGGCGGUAACUUCAAGCCCGAUACGCUGAAGCCCAAAGAAGUUGUGUCUUUGCUUUUGGAUGACGAAGAAAUUGAAAUGAAAUAUCGCCAGGAAGCAAAGCUGCAAGUUAAAGAGGAGGCUACUGCAUCCAGCGCAGCUGCAACACAGAAUGAACGCAAACGACGGCGGCCAAAUAAGGACGUUAAUAUGGGUGGCAUUACAAUUGCGGCCAAUGAAGAGGACGGCGCCAGUUGCAGCAAACGCAUUAAACACGAGCUGGAUGAGGAUUCAAUUGAUGUUGGCAUUGCGUCAUCCACAUCCAGCGCUGGCACCGACAGCACCAACCAAAUACUCAGCCAAGAGACUUAUGUGCCAGGUGCAACAUGUGUGUUGCAACAGCAACUGCAGCAACCGACGCAAGCUGACAAUGAUUCCGAUAAUGAGGCUUUAGUUGUCGAUGGCGAUAGUCCAAGUGGCUUGUCGCAAAACGAUUCAAUGAACUUCCUGGGCGAUUUUGGCGGCAUUUCGUCGGUGCGGCGACGUCACCACCCGCGCGGCACGAAGCGAGGACGACCACGUGGCAGCACACGACGCGGCGGUGGCCAUGGAUCGCUGCAGCGCGUGCCGACGCCGACGACGUCGCCAGCGGUUGGAACUGCAACUGGAACAACCACAUCACCGCUGCCGCCACAGCAGGAAGCGGCGGCUGAGGCUGCAAGUGGCCCGUCCGUGCCACAAAACGAUGAAGACUCAUCUAGCAUUUUCCCCGUGCUCGCCAGCCCCAUGGGCACACCAUCCGCCUCAUUGGUCAAACGCGGACCGGGAAGACCGCGCUCCAAGACAUCGACGCCUGUAAGUCGCGGCACACGCGGUGCUCCUCGAGCCAGGCGACCCAUGGGACCAUUGCUGGUGCCGAUUGGACGCAGUCCCGAUGCCACGCCCCCCGCCAACAGUCCGGCCACAAGCCGAGCACCUAGCCCCUCAUCACAUGGAACACUCGAUUAAUUUUUAUUAAUUCCAUCGACUAAUGUGAUGUGUUGCAGUCAUUGUUAAUGGCAUUUAUAAAAUUCAUCAGCAGUUAGGCAAAAUAAUUUGUAUAAUAUGAAUGUUGUAUUCCGUAAUGACAAAACUAAACAAAUUAUGUGGUU